CGUAGAACCGCCUCGUCUUCGCUCCAUCCCUCCCUCCCCCAUUCCCUAACCCACUGUCCAGUCAGCCCCUAUCUAGUUCUCUUUUCGUUCAGUAGAAGCCUGGAAACCAGCACGCCGAGUUUUUUUUUUUUUUUUUUUACGAGUUUAUAAACUUUCUCAGUUGGGAAAAAAGGAACGAGUUGCAUCUUUUGUGACCAAAACUGCAGAAACUAAGGAGAGAAUCAUCUGACAAAGAAUACCAGGCGUAUAUAACAGAAAUACAGAGUGAUGAGUCGCAGUAUUGUGCGCCAGAGUAAGUUCCGGCAUGUUUUUGGUCAAGCUGCGAAGGCGGAGCAGAGUUACGAUGAUAUUCGGGUUUCCAAGGUGACGUGGGACAGCUCGUUCUGUGCAGUCAACCCGAAGUUCCUGGCAGUUAUAGUGGAGUCAAGUGGAGGAGGAGCCUUUUUGGUUUUGCCCCUUUCAAAGGUGGGACGUGUGGAUAAGAACUAUCCCCUGGUGGUGGGACACUCCGGGCCUAUCCUGGACAUUGACUGGUGUCCCCACAACGACAACAUUUUGGCAAGCGGCUCUGAAGACACCACUGCCAUGAUAUGGCAGAUCCCAGACCACACUCCAACCCGGCCCAUCAGCGAGCCCAUUGUGGUACUGGAGGGCCACUCCAAACGCGUGGGCAUCGUCAGCUGGCACCCCACUGCCCGCAACAUCCUUCUCACUGCAGGCAGUGAUAAUCUGAUCAUAAUCUGGAAUGUGGGCACCGGAGAGCCAAUAAUCUCAAUGGAAGAUCACCCAGACCUCAUCUACAACGUCAGCUGGAACCACAACGGAAGCCUGUUUUGCACAACUUGCAAAGACCGCCGCCUUCGUGUUUGUGACCCCCGCAAGAGAGAGGUAGUCGCUGAGAGACUAGCACCACAUGAAGGCAUCAGGCCCAUGAGAGCCAUCUUCACCAGAGAGGGAAACAUCUUCACUACAGGCUUUACCAGGAUGAGUCAGAGGGAGCUUGGCCUUUGGGACCCGACGAAUUUCGAGGAACCCAUUGCCCUUUUGGAGUUGGACACAAGUAAUGGGGUCUUAUUGCCAUUCUAUGAUCCAGAUACCAGCCUGGUAUAUCUGUGUGGUAAGGGGGACAGCAGCAUUCGCUAUUUUGAGAUCACAGACGAGCCACCCUAUGUGCACUACCUCAGCACAUACAGUAGCAAAGAGCCACAGCGAGGCAUGGGCUUCAUGCCCAAGAGAGGAGUUGAUGUUAGCAAGUGUGAGAUUGCCAGAUUAUACAAGCUUCAUGAGAGGAAAUGUGAACCUAUAAUGAUGACAGUCCCUAGAAAGUCAGAUCUGUUCCAAGAUGACCUCUAUCCGGACACAGCAGGCCCAGACCCUGCACUGGAGCCUGAAGAGUGGCUGGAGGGGCGAGAUGAAGACCCCAUCUUAGUCUCCUUGAAGGAUGGCUACAUGCCCCCAAAGAGCAGAGAGCUAAAAGUGGCCAAGAAGAAUCUUCUGGACCCCAGGCCUGCACCCCGCAGGAGCAUGUCGUCUGUCGAUGGAAGCAGCUUGCCACCUCAGUUGUUGGAAAAGCUUAUAGAGGAGAUUCAGAGUCUGAAGGCUGCAGUUCUCUCUCAAGAAAAGCGAAUCAGUGACUUAGAGAAUAAGCUCUCAAAGUACACCAACGGCACUGUCUGAGUGAUUCAGUAAAGCACAAUCACUCCUCUACACACUGCCAACCUCCCUGACCCCUUCAUAUAUGCAUGUACAUAUUCCACAUUACCACAGCAUUCACCCAAGUGCAUUCAUGACUAAACAACUUUUAACUGUUAACUGUUAACUGUUAAGGCUAUGAGCAAUAGUUACAUUUUAAAACUCUUACUAAUGGCUUACAUCUUUCCCGAGUAUAGAAUAUAAAGGGAUGAUUAUUGCACAUAUGCUAUACAGGUGGCAACUUCAAGCCAUCUUGAAUCCAAAUGAUAUACACUCAUCAGCCACCUUAGACCCUGUUUAAACUAGUGCGUUUUCGUUUUAAAACAGCGGUUUAAAAUGAAAACGAUCCUCGUCCACACUGGCGUUUCCGUUGUAUUUCAGAAACGAUCUCCAUCCACACUACACGACAGAAUACGCAUGUCACAUGACUAUACAUGCACACUGAUCAUGCGCAUACAAGUGUAGACAGGAAGUUGGUUGCUAGUUACCGGAAGGUACAACAAUGAACAUGAUGGCGAGGAAAAGCAAGGACGUCUUUCUAGUCAUUCUAUUUUCCUUGUCAUGUUUUUUCUUUCUAAAUAUGGAUAAUCGAGGCUAGCAUGUACGCUAGCGUGUACUUAAUCAAACUCGAUACAAAUUCAAAUAAUUCACUUUAUUUGUAACAUUAGUACACUGGCACGUUGCAGUGAAAACAAACAAUUAAAAAAUGGUAAAAACAGAUGCAUAGGUCACAUAAGCAGUCAUACACUCGUUAUGAAAUAAAACAAUAAUGGAUAUUGUUUCUUUCUAAUGUAGAAAAAGAAGCUGUAACUGUUUUUUUUUCCUGCUCUUAAUGUGAACUGCUCAAAUGGCUUAUGGGUCAAGAAACCUCGUCACCACGCAUCUGACUCGUUUCCCCUCGGGUUCAUUGUCUGCUGUCCGCUAUCCACUCUCUUUUGGUCUAACCCGAAACCGGCGUUACAUGUAGGGCUUAUGCCGAUUAAUUUAAUCAUAGUUUGCUUCUUGCGCAUGUAGGAAGCUGCGGUAUUUUAAAAUACACAAUUUAACUGCAAAGUGGCUGCUAAGAAUCACAACAAAGCCAGCAAAGCUUGCGGUUCAGUCUCCAUGUUGUUGUGUAUACGAUUAAGGUAGCGUAAUGGUCUUAUGGUAGGGGCUUGACGAAUCAGGGAAGGAUACACAAUGAUCCAGAAGAUCCAAUCAGGGAGCGAAUGUGGGCAGCCACGCCUUCGUUUUCAAAAUUAUUCGAUUUGGUCUGUUUUCACUGAAAUGUCAGCCCAGAUGUUUUCAAACUAAAACGGGGUCUUCUGCGUUUCCAAAAGUCUUCGUUUGCAAGGGUCGAAAAUGCCGGUAGACGACAGGCAUAACCGUAGCAAAAGCUAUGCGUUUUAAAACGAACACGCACUAGUUUAAACAGGGCCUUAAUAUGAACUCCUAUAUAAAUCUUCAUAUUAUUCAAGAUCUUGACCUACAUCAGCAUGAGUUUAUGCAUUGCACUGCUGCUAUAUAAUCGGCUGGUUGGAUAAUUGCAUGAAUGAGCAGGUAUACAGGUGUUUCUCUUAAGGUGGCUGGUGAGUCUAUAUUUAUGCAGGUUUUAAUCAGGCAAUAGUCAAAUUCAGCCUGUCACAUUCUCUGUAGGACCCACUGUAUGAACACACCAUCAAGACUUGUUCGUAACGGUCAUGUGAUCGGUUGAUUGGUGAUAAUUGGGAAUUGGCAAAAUGUAGUAAAAAUGGAAGUUAAAAAAAAGGCAUUUAUGAGUCAAAAUUGAAUGAAAUCAUUUAUUGUAAUUGAUUAUAAAUCAAGUAUAAUUAAAAAAAGUACAGACAAGCUGAUUUGCACAUAAAUAUGAUACUUAAAAUAGUCCUUCUCUACGUCAUCAGUCACAAAUUAACAGUAUGCCUACACCAGAAUCAGAACAUAAUUGUUUGCAUUUUGAUUGGAAUUGUAUUGUAUCUUAUACUUUUAUAGCAGAUUCAGUGGUAUAGUUAAAUGUUGUAUCGUUGCCUUAAGAAUCAAAAUCGUAUCAUAUCAUGUGUAAGCCUGAGGUUUACACCCCUAAUAAUUACCCAGUAUCUCCUCCCAUGAGGUCUUCUCAGUAUGGCUCCUUAUAGUGAUGUUAUAAACUGGCCCUUCCAUUUGUCCAGCACCCACACUCACACUUAUCCAUGUUUGACCAACAUGAAAGAUCUCAUGUGGUUCUCAAAAUGUAAAUAUUCUUUUAGAUAAUAAAACUAGCACGAUAUCAAAACCAAAGAACAUAAAGUUGAGUUUUGUGUGUUCUAUAAAGGAUUUGUGAGAAUGAUGAUGAUAUCAAUAAAAACAUCUUUUUGUAAAAAAAAAAAAAAAAAAAAGAAA